CGGACCUGGGCCCCGCCGCCCACGAGCCGGCCUCUUCUGUCCCUAAGUGAAGGCCGGGCCCGUGCAAGGGACGCGUUGUUUGACCGAAUGAUUUCGUGGGAUCGUAGUAGAAGGGGUACUUGGAGCUGGAAGGAUAAUUAAUUGGUUUCCCUGUGGGCGAAUUGCUUCCUACUCGAGACUCAUUUUGUGGGCUUUGCAGUAUGAAGAACGACAUAAAGACAUGCUAAGAAAUAUAAUUAGAAGUCUUGGGCCGCAAGGGAUCUGGGGACACUUCUGAUCUAUUAUGGCAGCCAAAUGGACUGGUGGACAUUCUUCUCCUAUUCUGUGCUUGGGUGCAAAUAAAGAAGGGCUGGUGGCUUCAGGAGCAGAAGGUGGUGACCUCAUAACUUGGAGCCAAGAAGGGAUUCCAUUGGGACAGAUACAGUUCCAAGGGACUGAUGAUGUUACCUGUGUCAUAUUUUCUCCUGCCUGUCCUAACAAACUGUAUGCAUCACAUGGUGAAGUUAUUAGCAUUCUGGAUAUCAGAUCCUUCAAAGGUUCCAUUGACGAUUUUCACGUGAAUGAAGAGGAAGUCAAUUGUCUUUCAUUGAAUGAAACAGAAAACCUCCUAGCUUCUGCAGAUGACUCUGGAACGAUCAAAAUCUUAGACUUGGAAAGCAAACGGGUUAGCCGAUCCCUGAGGAAACAUUCAAACAUCUGUUCUUCUGUUGCUUUUCGGCCUCAGAGACCUCAGAGCCUAUUGUCAUGUGGACUAGACAUGCAGGUAAUGCUGUGGAACCUACAGAAAGCUCGGCCACUCUGGAUGGCAAACUUACAGGAAGACGAAACAGACGAGGCGGGAGAACAGGCACCCGGUCAGCUCUUUAAUCCUGCCCUCGCUCACUCUCUCUCCGUGGCAUCUUGUGGAAAUGUUUUUAGUUGUGGCGCUGAAGAUGGCAAAGUCCGAAUUUUUAGAGUAUUGGGGGUCAAAUGUGAACAGGAACUAGGGUUUAAGGGCCAUACACUGGGGGUGUCACAGGUGCACUUCCUUCCAGAUUCCUAUUUGCUGCUCAGUGGAGGGAAUGAUGGGAAGGUACUGUUGUGGGAUGUAAGCAGCAAAGUUGGGGGAAAACAGAAGAGUCCUGUAAAAUUCACCCAUAGGAAAAAGCCUAAAACAUCAGCCUGUCCCAAACAAAAAGGAAAUGAUAAUGCUUUAGAAACAGAUGAAGCAAUGUGUACUGAACUCUUACCAAAGCUGACUGUUGAACAUGGGGAAAAAGUGAACUGGAUCUCGUAUACCAAGAUAAAGGGGUCUGGAAAAAUACUUGUUGCUGAUCAGAGUAGUUCUAUAUCUGUGUAUCCCCUAAGUGACUUCUAAAUUCAAUAAAGAAAACAUUUAAAAUCCA